AUGUUCGAGGCGCUGGCGCUCGCGGGGGUGACGCGCGAGCGCGGGCGAGGGUGGUGGCGACGGCCGGGCGAGGGCGCCGGCGCGCGCGCGACGUGCGUGCAGACGGGCGACUUGGUGGACCGAGGCGAGCGGUCGAUCGAGGCCGUGGACGAGGUCGAGCGGUUGACGCGAGAGGCGAACGCGGUCGGGGAUGAGUUCGUGAGCUUGCUGGGGAAUCACGAGCUGAUGACGCUGCAGGGGGAUCACAGGUUCGCGUCGCGGGACGAGCUGACGGCGCUCGGGCGGUCGGAGCUCGAACGCGAGGGCGUGGUGGAGGCGGAUAAGGGCGUGGGGUUGGGCGUGCGGGCGUACUUUUACGCGGGGAAGUUGAAGUGGCGUCAGACGUUCGCGAAAGGGUCGACGCGAGGGGACGUUCUGCGGGAGAAGCCGUGGGCGGCGGUGCGAGGACGCGGACGAUGCGCGACGGCGUUUUCGCACGCGGGACUGUUGCCCGAACACUUAUUCGGGAGAGACGACGUCGACGAACUCAACGCGCGCGGGGCGAAGCUUUUGGCGGUGGAUGAAGUCGGACGCGACGAUCCUUUACUGCUCGACCGCGGGCCGAUGUGGACGAGGACGAUUUCCAUGGGCGACGAGUCGGAGGCGUGCGCGCUCGCCGCAGAGGUGAUUCGUCGACUCGGCGUUCGGCGCAUGGUCGUAGGUCACACCGUGACAAAGAGCGGUAAAAUAGAAACGCGGUGCGAUGGUUUGAUUCACAUGAUCGAUGUCGGCAUGUCCAAGGCGUACGGAGGCUCGCCGAGCGUUUGGAUGUGCACGGAGAGCGAAGGGCCGAUGGCGAUUUCGCGCGACAGUCGCGUUCCACUCGAGAAUUAG